GGGGGGGGGGGGAUAUUACUAACAAAAGAUUGAACGACUUUUGGCCAAGGUAUCCGUGGAAUAAGUUUUUAAAGUGUAUUUAUAGUAGUAAUUUGUAAUUUAUGUUAUUAACCCUGGAGGCUUACAGGGAUAUUGGAAUCCACAGUACUCCACCAAUUAUCUUAUUUUUUUUUUUACAUAAAUGCACUGUGAUUUAAGUUCUAAAAUGGCAAAGUUUGCUCUUUGUCUCGUGGCAAAAUGUGUAGAAUUCCAGGAUAAUAGUUUGAAAACUGCAACAUUUUCUCUCUGAUGCCAAGAGGCGGGGCUUUUAAAUGUUUUUUCUCCGGGCCCUAGACUUGGUUUGUUCAGCCACUUUGUUCAGCCAUGCACUGCAGACGUCAUAGUAAAACUCCCUGUAGGCUGUUUUUAACACACUGGACAUGUCUUAUGAUUAUGAGCAGCGGGUCCUUGUUGAAUUUUCUAUCACAAAAGGGGUCCCAGGCACCAAACAGUUUGAGAACCCCUGACCAAGGGGAAACUUCACCUCAGAGCUUUCUUUCAUAUCAUCUGAAUGUAUUUUUUUGUCCUGAUUGGGUCUCUCAGGUUCUCAAAUAACACGUGCCAUAUUUUAUUACCAGGGUUGCGUCAAUUCCAUUUCAAUUCAGGAAAUACACAAAUUCCAAUUAUAUUCAAUGCUUUUCAAUUAGGAAUUUGGUUUGCUUUCUGAAUUGACUGAAAUUGAAAUGGAAUUAGCCCCAAACCUGGUUAUUACCUAUGUUAGUAGAACAGUAUGGCAGAACAAUAUGUUAUGAGUAUCUGUUUUUAGCUAACAAGAAAUAUUCUGUGUGUAUGAACUUUACUUAAACUGCUUGAUUGGAUCAUUUUAUGUUUGGAUGUUAUAAGGUUUUGGGAUAGUGUGGGACAGGUAGAAUGCAACCUGUAUGUGUUUUAUGUAUACUGAACAAAAAUAUAACGCAACAUGUGAUGUGUUGGUCCCAUGUUUAAUGAUCCUAGAAAUUAUCCAUAUGUACAAAAAGCUUAUUAUUCAAAAAAUUUGUGCACAAAUUUUACAUCCCUAUUAAUGAGUAUUUUUCCUUUGCCAAGAUAAUCCAUCCAUCAGACAGGUGUGGCAUAUCAAGAAGCUGAUUAAACAGCAUGACCAUGACACAGGUGCACCUUGUGCUGGGGAUAAAAGGCCACUUUAAAAUGUGCCGUUUUGUCACACAAUUCCACAGAUGUCUCAAGUUUUGAGGAGCGUGCAAUUGGCAUGCUGUUGCCAGAGAAUGUAAUGUUCAUUUCUCUACCAUAAGCCACCUCCAAUGCCGUUUUUAAAGAAUUUAGCAGUAUGUCCAACCCGCCUCACAACCGCAUGUAACCACGCCAGCCCAGGACAUCCACAUACCGGCUUCUUCAGCUGUGGGAUCGUCUGAGACCAGACAGCUGAUGAAACUUUUUUUUAAUAUAUACUUUUUACCCCCUUUUCUCCUCAAUUGGUAGUUACAGUCUUGUCCCAUCGCUGCAACUGCCAUACGGACUUGAGAGAGGUGAAGGUCGAGAACCAUGCGUCCUCCGAAACACGACCCUGUCAAGCCGCACUGCUUCUUGACACACUGCUCGCUUAACCCGGAAGCCAGCCGCAAAAAUGCGUCAGAAAAAACGGCGUACAACUGGUCAGCGUGCAUGUGCCUGGCCCAACCACAGGAGUCGCUAGAGCGCGAUGGGACAAGGACAUCCCGGCCGGCUAACCCCUCCCCUAAACCGGGCCAAUUGUGCACCGCCUCAUGGGUCUCCCAGUCGUGGCCGGCUGCGGGAUCGAACCCGGGUCUGUAGUGACGACUCAAGUGCAUUAGACCACUGCGCCACUCGGGAUGCCCACUAAGGAGUAUUUCUGUCUGUAAUAAAACCCUUGGGUGGGCCUAUGGCCUCCUAAGCCCACCCAUGGCGGCGCUCCUGCCCAGUAAUGUUAAAUCUGUAGACUUUAGGGUCUAAGCAAUUUAUUUCAAUUGACAAAUUUCCUAACAUGAACUGUAACUAAUUUUUGAAAUUGUUGCAAUUUGCUUUUAUAUUUUUGUUCAGUAUAGGAUGGGUUCUGUUUUGUAUGCAGAUUUUGGUAUUUAUGUAAUGUAUUAGAGUGUUUAAGACAUUGCACAUUGGGCUUGUUUUUAAUUAUUUUUCAAAUGUUUUAAACGUGCAUUCAGUCUGAUCUGACUGAAUGUUCCAUUUAUUUCUAGAUGGAAACUAGACAUACAUUUUUAAAAGCUAUAGAUGGGAUGACCACUAAUCUCUUUUUGGAUAUCAAUAUGGUGUUACAAUAAGCUGUAUACUGUACAUUUUUACCAAGUUUUAUUUACAACUGAAUUUUAUUACAUCUUUAUCUACGCUUCCAAAUGUCUAGGAACCUAUAAUGCUCCAUUUGUCGGUAGGACAUGUAGUUUGUGUCAAAUUUCCUUGUUAUUGCGCUGACCAAAAUUAAACUACAACUCCCAUGUAACUAUCGUCAAGGUGUUUCUAUCAAUAUGGCUGUUGUCAGUCAGACAAAGGCAAACAGUCCGCUUGUGAUUGAAAUCUAGUAAAAGGGCCGGGCACUCCUGCUACAAUCUGGUGGUUGAUCGAUGUGUUGCUCCUGUUAAUAAGUGGUUUUCCCCCGCCACACGCUGUUUUGUGGUGGUGCAAUAUUAAAGGGUCAAGUGUAAGGAGGCACAUCGAGAUAGCUAGCUACAUAAGGAUGUCUCAUUACACAGACGAGCCUCGCUUCACCAUCGAGCAGAUCGACCUGCUCCAGAGGCUGCGGCGUACGGGCAUGACCAAGCAGGAGAUUCUCCACGCCCUGGACACCCUAGACCGGCUGGACCGUGAGCACGGGGACAAGUUCGGCCGUCGCACCUCCUACGGAGGAGGAGCAAAUAGCUCUGUGUCCGACCCCAAUAGCACCACCACAAACAACAACAACACUGCCUCUGUUUCUGCCGCCACCACCUCCUCAACAACUUCCUCUUCCUGUAGUAGUAAUAAUAAUAAUGGCGCCAGUGGUAUUGGGAGCAGUAAUGUUACCAACACCGCCCUGGCCUCAUCCUCCACCAACUCUACCGCCACACAGACACAGUACCUCCCUCCACGUGGAGGGCUCUCCCCCUCGCCUAGCAACAGCUACGACACCUCCCCACCACCCGGACCGCCCCCGCCCUCUGCCAUCCUCUCGUCCCCGGUGUCGCUGGUCGCCAUGGUGCAGAACGGGGGGCGGGACAGCCUGGCGGCAACGCCCAAUGGGAAGCUCUCGCCGCCUCGGUACCCAAUGAAUAGUGCUGCUGCCGUCAGGCCUUUCGGGUUCGAGGCCACGGAGGAGGAGCUGGACAUCGAUGACAAGGUGGAGGAGCUCAUGAGGAGGGACAGCAGUAUCGUCAAGGAGGAGAUCAAGUCCUUUCUGGGAAACAGGAGAAUCUCUCAGGCUGUGGUGGCUCAGGUCACAGGUAUCAGUCAGAGCAGGAUCUCUCAUUGGUUGCUCCAGCACGGCUCUGACCUCAGCGAACAGAAGAAGAGAGCUUUCUACCGCUGGUACCAGCUAGAGAAAACCACCCCAGGUGCCACUCUAAACAUGUGCCCCGCCCCCAUGGCUCUGGAGGAGAUGGAGUGGAGACAGACCCCACCCCCUAUAAGCACCGCCCCCGGGAGCUUCCGGCUUCGGCGUGGGAGUCGCUUUACCUGGAGGAAGGAAUGUCUGGCUGUGAUGGAGAGCUACUUCAAUGACAACCAGUACCCUGACGAAGCCAAGAGAGAGGAGAUCGCCAACGCCUGCAACGCGGUCAUCCAGAAACCAGGGAAGAAGCUUUCGGACCUGGAGAGAGUCACAUCCCUCAAAGUCUACAACUGGUUUGCGAACCGACGCAAAGAGAUCAAGAGACGGGCUAAUAUUGAAGCCACGAUCUUGGAGAGCCAUGGGAUAGAAGUUCAGAGUCCCGGAGGACACUCCAACAGCGACGACAUCGAUGGAGGCGACUACACAGAACAGGCCUGUGACCUGCCCUACUUCGACAAGAGACCCAUGACCAGACCCUUUGGCUUCUACAGGCUGGAGCCCACUUCACCCACACAGGAUGAUGGUCCAGGCCAUGGAGAACACCAGGACCCCAUCUCUCUGGCCGUGGAGAUGGCAGCAGUCAACCACACCAUCCUGGCUCUGUCCCGGACCGGAGGGGUGCCCAGCGACAUCAAGACAGAGGCCCUGGAUGAUGACUGAACAAGGGGAGGGGGAAGAGGGGAGGGGGUUACUGGAUGA